GAGCUGCUGGCGGAGAUCGAGGCCGAGGAGGAGGCGGAGAAGCGCGCCAAGGGCAAGAAGGGCAAGAAGAAGAAGAAGAAGGGCGGCGGGGCGGGCGCGGCGGGGUCGUCGCAGGAUCCCGAGGAGGGUGCCGAGGCGCCGUCGGAGGCAGACGCAGCCGAGGCGGCGAAGAAGGCCGAGGAGGUGAGGCUUCUCCGGCUUCUCGAGACGCUCACCGAGGAGAGGAUGCGGUUCAGCAUCACGGCGGAGAACCAGGCAGCGGCGUCGGCAGCGGUGGCCGAAGCUGCGCGUUUGGACUCUGCGGCGGACGAGGCGGAGGAGGAGGCGGAGGCGGACGAGGAGGCCGAGGAUGAGGCGGCAGCAUUGGCGGCGCUGGCGGAUGCCGAGGUUGCGCGGGCGGAGGCCAGAGCAGCGCUGGAGAAGGCCAAGGCGGUGCAGGCGGCGGCCAGGGCGGCGCUGGAGGAGGCCAGGGCGGCGCUAGUCGAGGCCGAUCUGGCAGUUGAAGGGGGCGAGACGGCGCUCGAAGGGAGCGACGCGGCGUUCGAGGAGGCAGCGGCCGCUGCAGACGCGGCGCGCACUGCUGCGGCCGCUUCGAGGGCGAGGGCGGCUGCUGCCAGGACGGCGGCAGAUGCAGCCCCGCAGCACUCAUAG